AUGAUCUCUCUCUUAGUCCUCGGAGCCGUUGUUUUUCUCCUCUUCAACCUCAAAGUCCUUCCUGGCGCAUGGCAUGUCCGUGUCCUAUGGGGGAUCUACGAGCAAACCACUGCGCCGACGGUUUGCAGAGAGAAGAACAGCAAGAAUGAUGCCAAAUCGCUGUUCAAGUACCUAACCACCACCACCCGCGCCGCGCCCCUGGAAUGCGACUACAACGGCCAUAAGUCGAAUAGCACCUAUUUUACCGAUCUUGACGUCAACCGCACCCAACUGCUUUGUCGAUUAUUCAAGCUCGUCCUCUCUGCAUCGCAUUAUGACCGCUCCAAACGGAAUAAACAUCUCAAUAUCGCGUUGGGCAGUACCUGCUGCGUGUUCCGGAAAGAGAUCCAGCCAUUCGAGGAGGUUGAGGUUUGGUCAAGAGUGUUGAGUUGGGACGAGAAAUGGGUGUAUGUUGUUAGUUAUUUCGUCCGAAGAAAGCCCGGGAAGAAGGGUAGAGUGCCCCGAGAAGAGGAUAUCCUGGCCUCGGCGAUUGGGCGGUAUGUUUUCAAGGAUGGGCGGCGGACGGUGCAGCCGAUUGAGGCAUUGAAAGAUUGUAAUCUCCUACCGCUAGAGACUGAUCCAGAUUGGAAAGAGCAUGAAGCCGAGCGCAUCAAGGGAAUGCAAAUCGGGGGUCUGUUGGCUGGAUUGGGGGAGUUGCCCGAGCUCUUGUGUCCGGAAUACGGCUGUCUGAAUUAG